AUAGAGUCUAAAAACAUGAAUUACUUUACAUUCACUUUUGUAGUCAUUUGUAUCUACAUUGCAGGAACUUCUGCCCAGACUGCUUGUCAGCCUUCACAAGGAUGCAGUGUUGGAAUACUAAUCACCAGCACAGUGUCAACCAGAAAUAUCACAUGUCCUCUUUCAGGUGGUUUUGCAGCUGCUGCAGUUAGUGCGACAUUGGGAGCGCUACCUGCAAGCUGCAAUGUCCUUCCAUCCAACCUAUUUCAAGUUUACUGCAGAGAAGAAGGAGUACUGACAGCAAUAGGAGGAACAGGAACAGGAACAGGAACAGCAGCUGAGACACCAAACUAUGCUAUACUUGAAACUUUGAUAAUGUGCAAUUCAUGCACCCAAGGCACGUUGAAUAUACCAAGGAGAAUUAGGACCAGCACAAGGACAACAAGAAGGCGUACACAGACUGGAACAGGAACUGGAACUGGAGCUAGUACCAUUUGUCCACUCAGUCUUCCUGCAACAAGGAGCAUUGUGGUUUUUGGUAUACCUUAUCUUGCCACAAUUGCAAACAGAGGCCUCAUUGGAUACUACUGUUCUAAUACUCAGCUUAUUGCUGGUGGAACACGUAAUGCUUUUUGUGUUUGUCCUUCUGGCUGUACUGCUAAUUAAGGGUCUUCAAUAUUAAUAAAUUUUGCUCUAAUACUUCUAAUUUAUAUACUAUAAACAUACAUCUAUAUAUAUAUACUUGUCAAAUAUUGAAUCUCUUGUUGUAAUUUCUCUUUCUUUGUUACAAAAUUUUGCUUAUAAUGAAAGGCAAAUUACCAAAAAUAACAUAUGCACUGAAAAAAAAAACAUAUUAUUAAACAAAUUUUAUGCAGAAAAAAUCUUGAUAUAAUAACAACUUUUUAACUACUGAAAUUAAUAAUAAUAGUGAAAAGAAAACAACACAAGAGGAUCAGUAACAGUAAACUCUAUAGUUUAGUAUUA